UAUGUUCAUGUUCUUAUAUGUCACUGAGUGAAGGGGACAUCAGUACACUAUUUGGAACUGAAACUGAGAUCACUCUGAUUUGGAGAAUACUAAAUGUUUUGAGGUCUUUCUGUGGAAUUGCGUGUGUCUAAAGGAGAGUGAUACGGAGGAGAAAAGAUGGGGAUGGCGAAGAGAAGUGCGGGGAUGACUGUGCAGAGAGAGGUCAUGGACGAACAGAGCCUGGAGGAUUUAACACAGAGACUGGAUUACAAUGGCCGCCAUCCUCCACUUGCCAAGUGUAUCAAACAACGUGUCAGAUGCAGUGUGGUUGACCUGAAGAGGAAGGUGGUAGGCUGCCUUCCAGUUCUCUACUGGCUGCCUCGUUACUCCAUCUGGGACUAUGGAAUGCCUGACAUUGUAUCUGGCAUUAGUGUUGGAAUUAUGCACCUUCCACAGGGGAUGGCCUAUGCUUUGCUGGCCUCUCUGCCCCCAGUAUAUGGCCUCUACACAUCCCUCUACCCAGCCCUAGUCUACUUUUUCUUUGGCACCUCCAGACAUAUAUCCAUUGGCACCUUCACCGUGCUCAGUAUCAUGGUGGGCAGCGUGACAGAGACUCUGGUUCCAGACGGCCCAGGGAGCUCCAUCUCAGACAGCAGCAACUCCACCGCUGAGUAUGACGUCGUGGCCAGGGACCUCCACAGGGUGCAGGUGGCAGCCGCCACUACAGUCCUGGCAGGCCUUAUCCAGGUUGUCCUGGGCCUUGUGCAGUUUGGCUUCGUGGGCACAUACCUGUCGGAGCCGGUGGUUCGUGCCUACACCACCGCCGCUUCGGCCCAUGCCGUCGUGGCGCAGCUCAAGUACUUGUUUGGAGUCUCACCGACGCGCCUCAAUGGCCCACUUGCUCUCAUAUAUACGCUGGUGGAUGUGUGCCUGCUGCUCCCUGAGACCCACCUCCCUACGCUGGCGGUCAGUGGCGUGUCCAUGCUGGUUCUGAUCAUUGCGAAGGAGCUCAACGCAGCCUACAGACACAAGCUUCCUGUGCCUGUCCCUGUGGAGCUCCUUACUAUUGUGGCAGCCACACUGAUCUCAUCCUAUGCAGAGUUAAGUACCUACAAGGUCCCUGUGGUUGGGGAAAUUCCUUGCGGACUGAGCCCCCCCAGUGUGCCUGACUUUAACAUCUUUGGAGAGGUCAUCGGGGACGCCUUUGCUAUAGCUAUAGUGGGCUAUGCCAUCUCUAUUUCUCUAGGAAAAACCUUUGCCCUGAAGCAUGGAUACAAAGUGGACAGCAAUCAGGAGCUGGUGGCUCUGGGGCUCAGUAACACUGUAGGAGGAUUCUUCCAGUGUUUCGCCGUCUGCCCCUCCAUGUCCCGCAGUCUGGUCCAGGACAGUGCAGGGGGCAAAACGCAGAUGGCAGGGAUCUCCUCGGCUGUGAUUGUGCUGGUGACUGUACUAAAGCUCGGACCUCUGUUUCAGGAGCUGCCCAAGGCUGUCCUAGCUGCCAUUGUUAUUGUGAACCUCAAAGGAAUGUUCAAACAGCAUUAUGAUAUGGUGACUCUGUGGAGAAACAACAAGAUUGACCUGCUUGUGUGGCUGGUCACCUGGGUGUCCACGUUGCUUUUGAAUUUGGACAUGGGACUUGGAGCCUCUGUUGCCUUUGCCUUGCUGACUGUUAUCUUCAGGACCCAGCGGCCGAGAUAUUCCGUACUAGGUCAUGUUCCUGGAACAGAACUGUAUGUGGACAUGGAGACACACAGAGGGGUAAGAGAAGUCCCAGGUAUCACCAUUUUCCGCUCCUCAGCUACAGUCUACUUCGCCAACGCUGAGCUUUAUCUGGCGGCCCUGAAGGAAAAGAGUGGGCUGGACAUCGGUAAGAUGAUCAUGUACAAGAGGCGACAGGAAGCCAAGCAGAGACGCAGAGAGAGGAGAGCCAGGAGAAGGGCCAGGCGGCAAGCUAAGAGACGCCAACAGGCCUUCAGAGCAGCCUCCCAGAGGAGAGAGGUGUUUUCUGUGGAGGAGGAGGCUGCCCACUGGCAGGAUGGACAAGGGCAGACUGAAACAUCGACCCCACUGGGGGAGGAGCAGCGUUGGCGGCCACGUGAGAAUAGCACGGUCUUCGUCAUGCCGGACUCUCCGGGCUCGGCCGAGGGCCAGUGCAGCUGGGUGUACCUGAAGGGUUUAGAUCCAGAUAGUGACACCCAAGGGUCAACUGUAGGGGAUGGCGACACUGCUACAUUGGAUGGAGACACGGCCACGUUGGAUGGGGACACCACCACGCUGGACUCCUGCAGCAUGGAGAGAAUGUCCCUGGGCUCGCUGGGCAAAUGGACCUGGGACAUCCACUCGAUCAUACUGGACCUGUCCACAGCCAACUUCAUUGACACAGUGGCCAUCAAGUUGAUGAGAAAUAUUGUCCAUGAUUUUGGUGAGAUUGACAUUGAUGUUUACAUAGCCGGGUGUCAGGCCACGGUGGUGGACGAAUUGGAGUGUGGUGGAUUCUUCUCUGACUCUAUGACCAAAGAGCGUCUGUUUGCCACUGUCCAUGAUGCUGUCCUGUACUGCCAGAAUCACAAAGGUCACAUCUCCCACACCAGUUAUGAUUACACACUGGAUAUAAGUGGCACCAGGCUCUAAAAAACAGAAUGUGUCAAAGAAGCUUACAGUACUACAGAAACCCUGUGAGAUGGAGAAAUGAAGUGAGCUCACAACUUACGUCCAGAUGUGUUAGGAUACCUUAUCCUAUCUCUCCAUUGUACUUGACUCAGAC